AACCUCUGCCGCUCGUCUCUGAACUUCACUUUGCCGCAGGGAGGCACUGAACAGAAAAACUGCCUUGUUACAGGUCCCGUCCCUCUCUCUACUCCCUUUCUUAUAUCAAGAGGGGAAAAACACGGAACUACCUCUACCCAAUCUGGUCACCAUACGCCUAUUAUCUUUACUGUUACAAAUACCGGAUCACCCUCCGGGAGAAGAUGCUGCCCUGUUGUUACAGAAGCAUCACUUAUAAGGAACAGGAGGACUUGACACUCCGGCCCCGUUGCUGCCUCCAGUGCUCCGAGUCCCUAGGAGGUCUCCAGGUGGGCAAAAGCACUGAGCAGGAAAAAGAGCACAACCAGCUUAAAGAAUUGUAUUCGGCUGGGAACCUGACAGUGCUGUCUACUGACAUUCUGCUCCACCAGGAUCCAGUUCAGUUAGACUUCCACUUUCGCCUCACCCCCCAUUCCUAUGCCCACUGGCACGGCCUUCUUUCUGACCACCGACUCUUCCUGGACAUCCCAUCUCGGGCCUUAGAUCAAGGCAAUCGGGAAAGUUUGACAGCAACAUUGGAGUAUGUGGAGGAGAAGACCAGUGUGGACUCUGUAUUUGUGAACUUCCAGAACAAUCGGAAGGACAGAGGUGCCCUGCUUCGGGCCUUCAGCUACAUGGGCUUUGAGGUGGUCAGACCAGAUCACCCUGCCCUUCCUCCCUGGGGCAAUGUCAUCUUCAUGGUGUAUCCCCUAGAAAGGGACCUUGGCAACCUGCCUAAUGCGCCUCCCUAAACAUGUUUAUUCCAUCUCUGUGAGGGGCUGGAAGCCUUGAUACACGGGACUCAAGACCCCUAGGAUGUGACUCAAAACAACUCCACCCUAGGAAUAAAGGGUAGUGCA